AUGGUCACUCAUAGUUUUAAACUUUUCUUGGCAUUAAGUGUAGUUUUAGGACUAACAAACUGCUCCAACARUGCCGAAAGASAGGUUCAGUUACAGAAAUACUAUUGUCCAUUACACAACRACAAUGUAACCAUUGUUUACAUCACAGCCACAGACAAUGCAAACAAGAAUAUUGUUCACUUUAUAUGGAGUGUGUAUGAAAUACCUUCAAUUAUAGUUGGAUAUACGUCAAAGUAUAACUUUCAGCCCCACUCAAAACUAAACAUAAAUUGCGCCAAACUCACUUCUAAAAWUCCUGAAAAAGCCAUUUCCUGGAAAUAUGACUAUGCUACUGCAUUUGAAAUACCAGAAGUUAGAGAACUAWAUGAUCCAAAAGAUAAAGUCAUUUUUACUGAAACAGAUUUUGCCAAAGCCAAAAAACACAAUAUUCAUGAUGCAGAAUGGAAACCUCCUACCUUCACCAAUGACCAGGUGACCUUCGAAGGUGUUUUUUUGGAAGGAAAAAUUACUUUUACGUUUAAUUCUUCAUCAAAGGAUGGUAGAGGAACAGAAGCACCAAGACAACUCUAUUCCAACAACGGGACAAGAUUCUCCAUUACCUUARAAAAAUGUAGCUUCAACACAACAAACACUCGUGUUGCCUUGAAGCUUUUGACACAUACUGAAACACACCCUAAAGAAAACUCAACUAUUUACCAAGACCAAUCUAUCGAUGAUGAGUUUUCCCCUGGUGUGUUUAAAACAUUUGUUAUUAGCCAUGUCAUAAACAGUACCCAAUCAUCAUUUAUAUCAUGGAAACCAGUUUCUUAUACAGAUGAAAAGAAAGAUUUAGAUACUCAGAUACCAUCAUAUCAGUACAAUGCAUAUAAUGAAGAUUCUGACAAAUACAAGCUAUACAAGCAAACAAAGCCUACCCGUUUAUUCAGUUCCAAGGAUAAACCUUCAAAGAUCAUUCUAGCUGCAGUUGAUGUACACAAAACAUUUCCUUUGAUGAUUUCAUUUGGACAGAAGAAAGAUGGAUGGUACCAAAAGAGCCACUAUUUAACUUGGUCUGGUCAGGUUGGUUAUUUCAAACCACAGUUUGACUCCAUGUCAARRACUCUUAUGGUGACAAUAUUUGUUGGUCUUGGGUUACCUGUGGCAUUUAUACUAGUUGGCAGUAUCUAUGUUUGCUUCAAGAAAUACAGAGAACGAAUGACAGCUUCCACAUAUGAAUCAAUUAACUGAAAUUCAAGGGAUUUAUAAAUACCUCAUUAUCAUGCAUUAUUUUUUAUGUUAAAUAAAUUUUACAACAUGACAGGAUCAACUAUAUGCCGAUGCUAUAAAUGUUAUACUUAUUGAAAUAUUAUGAAUGACACUUUGGAAAGUAAAAAAAAGUGGAAUUAUUAUAAGAUAUUUUGGAUUGAUAAGAUAAGAUGGCAUUAAGUUUACUUUUUUUGUUAUUUGUGUGCCUAGAAUUUGCUGGCAGCAAGAAUUGUUCACAAAUAUUUUUUUGGAAAAUAAAAUGAGUUGAAAUAA